CGCACUAUAUUAUGGUUCUCCGUCACUACCACGCGCGCUUGUUCUUCGCUUCACUCCCCUUCUCCUCCUCAUCAUAAGAAUCGGAACCCUGGAAGCGGGAGAGGGCUCGAUGGACUCGAUGCAAACCGCCACCGGACCGAGGGCUGGUGAAGCGGGAGGCGAGCGGGGGCGAGCGGUCCCGCCGCGGCCGACGAAUCCGAUGGUCACCCCUCUCCUCACCGACCUCUACCAGUUCACCAUGACCUACGCCUACUGGAAGGCCGGCAAGCACCAAGAUCGAGCAGUGUUUGAUCUGUACUUCCGGAAAAACCCCUUUGGUGGUGAAUAUACUGUAUUUGGUGGUCUCGAAGAAUGUAUACGGUUUAUUGCUAAUUUCAAAUUUGAGGUGGAUGAUAUUUCUUUCCUGCGAUCUGUCAUGCCCACAUGUUUGGAUGGGUUCUUUGAAUAUCUCAAGGCAAUCGACUGUAAAGAUGUUGAAGUUUAUGCAAUUCCUGAGGGUUCUGUUGUGUUUCCUAAGAUUCCCUUGAUGAGGAUUGAAGGACCAGUUGCUGUGGUUCAGCUGCUUGAAACACCAUUUAUAAAUCUUGUUAAUUAUGCCUCUUUAGUUACCACAAAUGCUGCAAGGCACAGAUUGGUCUCAGGAAAAUCAAAAACAUUACUUGAAUUUGGACUUCGACGAGCACAAGGGCCUGAUGGAGGAAUAAGUGCCUCGAGAUGCUGUUACAUGGGAGGAUUUGAUGCAACAAGUAAUGUUGCGGCUGGAAGGUUGUUUGGCAUACCACUUCGAGGAACUCAUUCACAUGCCUUUGUUAGUUCGUACAUGGGUCCUGAUGAGAUCACUGACAAAGCACUUCGCAGACGAGAUGGCUCAAGCACCUGUCAAGAUUUUGUUUCUCUGGUUCAGACUUGGCUUAGUAAAAUUCAGUGGGCAAAUUCAUUUGUUGGAACUUUUGGUGAAACAAAUCAAAGUGAGCUGGCAGCAUUUACAUCAUAUGCUUUGGCUUUUCCAAAUAGUUUCCUCGCCCUUGUAGAUACAUAUGAUGUUAUGAAGAGUGGAGUGCCAAACUUCUGUGCAGUAGCUUUAGCACUUAGUGAUCUGGGGUAUAAAGCAAUAGGAAUUAGGUUGGAUUCUGGAGAUCUAGCGUAUUUGUCGACUGAGGCUCGGAAGUUCUUCUGUGCAAUAGAGGAGGAAUUUGGUGUACUUGACUUUGGGAAAAUGAGUAUCACAGCUAGCAAUGACCUCAAUGAGGAAACCAUUGAUGCCUUGAACAAGCAGGGUCAUGAGAUAGAUGCCUUUGGAAUUGGUACUUAUCUCGUUACAUGCUAUGCUCAAGCUGCUCUUGGUUGUGUAUUCAAACUAGUUGAGAUAAAUAAUCAACCUCGAAUCAAACUUUCCGAAGAUGUUACAAAGGUCUCUAUACCAUGUAAAAAACGAUGUUACAGACUGUAUGGAAGGGAAAGCUACCCGUUGGUGGAUAUAAUGACCGGGGACAAUGAACUUCCACCAAAGGUGGGAGAGAGGAUUUUGUGUCGUCAUCCAUUCAGUGAAUCUAAGAGGGCAUAUGUUGUGCCCCAACAUGUGGAGGAGCUGCUCAAGUGCUACUGGCUUGGAAAUUCAGACAAAACAAGAGCAGAGCUGCCUUCACUGAAGAAAUCCAGAGAACGUUGUUUGCAGCAACUAGAGCAAAUGAGACCCGAUCACAUGAGGAGAUUGAACCCAACACCAUACAAGGUAAGCGUGAGCGCCAAGCUGUAUGACUACAUUCACUUCCUCUGGCUUAACGAGGCACCCGUCGGUGAGCUGCAAUAAAUGGGUUUAUUGAAUAGCCCUGAUCUCGGUGAACAUUAAAAAACUGCAUCUUCUAUAAUAAUAAUAAUAAUAAUAAUAAUAAUAAUAAUAAUAAUAAUAAUAACAUCAACAAUAACAAAAUCUCCAUUCUGAUAGCAAUAAUGAAUAAGAGACUCCGUUCGGUAAGAUAUCCUAAUGCUUAGCGUACUGUUGCACGCCUGAUAAGUCAGGCCCUCGAGUUCAAGUGCGUGUAAGAAUAUAUAUUAAUAAUAUAAUGCUUAUGCAAGGAUAUUAGUAUAAAGAAAAAAGGAUCAUCUAUUUAUUAUCAA